AUGACUCCUCGCAAUAAUAGAAGCAGCGUGAAGCGCAAUAUGUCCCCCGAGUCCCCAGACGUCAACGCCAAAAAACCCCGUCGCUCGCAACGCAACAAAGGCGGUCCGACCGAGGACAAGAACGAGGAAAAGGUCACUACUCCUGGAGCCUCUAAAGAAGAACUCAAGGAAGAAGCCCUCGCAAAUCCCCAGGAGCACGCAACUCAUACCCCGGCACCGUCACCCCCAACGCGUACACCGGCAUCGUCACCCCCACCACACACACAGGAUGCCACGCAGGCUGCCUCGCAAUUCUACUAUCCCCCGCUCGCUGAUGAGGGGCUGGAUAAGAAGGAGGUCGAUGAGUCUGUGUGGGGCUAUUUGUGGCCCCUCUCGGAUAAGAGCGACUCAGUCAUAAAGUUAAAUAAGCAAGCACCCAUUCCCGACAAGAAGAAGAAAAAGAAGGGACCGAUAACGAAGGGAAAGAAGCUACCACCAAAUGGAUUCCUGGUGGGAAGGCAUGCCGAGUGUGAUUUGUUGAUUGAUGAUGCCGUGAUCUCAAAUAGGCAUUGUGUCAUCUUCAAAGAAAUCAGUGGAAACCAACCCGUGGCAGUUCUGGAAGAUCUUUCUUCUAAUGGAACAUGGGUUGGUGGUGUUAUCGUCGGACGUAACAAUCGUCGGGUUUUAAACACCGGGGACGAGGUUGAGUUCGCCGGUGGGAAGCAAUAUAUAUUUAGGUACCCGAUGAACAUGCGUUCCAGCGCAUUUCAUGAUACCUAUGACCUUAGAGAGCAAUUAGGAAGCGGUCAUUUUGCGACAGUGCACAAAGCGGUCGAAAGGAAGAGUGGGCAGGAAUUUGCUGUCAAGAUCUUCAGUAAGAGGCGGAAUGAUGAUUCAUGGAGGACCUCGGGGGUCAAACAGGAGAUCGCUGUGUUAAUGAGCGUGAGCCAUCCAAAUGUUUUGUGUUUACAGGGCAAUUACGAUGCGGAUGAUGGUGUCUAUCUGGUGCUUGAGUUGGCAUCUGAAGGAGAGCUAUUUAAUCACAUCAUCAAGAACGGGAAGUUGAGUGAAGAGGAUACAAAGAAGAUCUUCAUUCAACUCUUAAAUGGCCUCAAGUAUCUGCACGACCGCGGUAUUGCCCAUAGGGAUAUAAAGCCCGAGAAUAUCCUUCUUAUGGAUAAGGACCUUACCGUAAAACUUGCCGACUUCGGUCUCGCCAAGAUCAUUGGUGAAGACUCUUUCACAACCUCCCUUUGCGGAACCCCAAGCUACGUCGCCCCAGAAAUCCUUCAGAGCAGCAAAAACCGCCGAUACGCCCAUGCUGUCGAUAUUUGGUCUCUGGGAGUCGUUCUAUAUAUCUGCCUCUGUGGCUUCCCCCCCUUCUCUGACGAAUUACACACCCCACAAAACCCAUACACUCUCUCAGAUCAGAUCAAGGGAGGGAGAUUUGACUUUCCUUCGCCGUACUGGGAUUCUAUCCCAGAUCCUGCUUUAGAAUUAAUUGAACAAAUGCUUACUGUGGACCCCGAAAAACGGAUUACUGUCGAUAAAGCACUAAAACAUCCAUGGAUCACGGGUUCUAGUUUUGACCCUAAUGAUUCAUGCGCUAGCCUGACCGAAACCAUGGAGACUCUUCAGUUUACAAGGAGAAGGGUUAACAGAGAGCGGACGUUACUUGCUGAUACUCCUGGACUCAAACGAGUUGCUGAUGGUGGAAAGUUGAAGGGAAAAGCGCCGGCGGUAGUUGCGAUUUCCGAGGAGGGUCCUGUAGAGAACCCAGCCGAGUUGGCGGUUGGUGAAAAAGCAUUUAUGAAGGUUGGUGGGAAGGGGGGUGAUGAGACUCUCUAUGGGAGCGACUACGAGGGGAACGGUAAUGAAGAGCCUAGUAGGGAAAUGUCACCGGAGGUUGUCGCGGAGGUGGAGGCCGCGGCGGGUGCUUAA